UUUAAAUGGAUAGGACAUCACAAGCGUCUCACGUUUGACAGUUACCUGAAACAUUGACGUCUUAGCGUUCCAGGUAAUUUUUUUUUUCCCCUUACAAUUGUGUUAUUCUAGCUCACAGAUAUUUUUUCUUUUUUCCAGCAGAGGCACAAAAGGCAUGAAAGUAAAAGAGAGAUGUCCGGCAGUAGUUUCAAGUCAUGCCAAUUGAAAAAUGUCCUGAGUCUGUUGCUAAGACCCGUGCGCGUCGAAAAGAGUCACCGAGCACGCAGGAGAGCGACGAGCCAUGGACCUCUUCUGCAUGGAGUCUUUAGCGGAGGUGAAAGCCGGUGCUGACCCGACCUUCCUCAACGAUGACCGGGUCUUGACUAGCCUGCUGACCAUAGAGGACAGUUUCCUACCGCGCUGCUGUGACUUCCAACAGAUUCAGCAGGAUAUUAAACCGCACAUGAGGCGAAUCGUCGCGGGCUGGAUGCUCGAGGUGUGUGAAGCUGAAAACAGUGAAGAGCAAAUCUUCCCUUUGGCGGUCAAUUAUUUGGACAGAUUCCUUUCCCUGAUGCCCACCCAGAAGAACCAUCUGCAGCUUCUGGGGGCCGUCUGCAUGUUCCUGGCAUCGAAAGUGAAGGACAGCAGGCCGCUGUCGGCCGAGACGCUGUGCAUGUACACGGACAACAGCAUUUCGCCGACGGAGUUGCUGAACUGGGAAUUGGUAGUUUUGGGCAAAUUGAAGUGGAACUUGGGCGCCGUCACCCCCAACGACUUCGUGGAGCUCUUUGUGCGCCGGCUGCCGCUCCCUGAAGACAAGGUGCCGAUGGUCCGCAAGCACACGCAGAUCUUCAUCGACCUGUGCGUCACAGAUGACCGUCUUGCCAUGAACCCUCCCUCCAUGAUAGCCAGCGGCAGUAUGGGGGCCGCCAUCUGCGGCCUGCAGCUCGAAAAUGAAGACCGGAGGCUGACCAGAGAUGAGCUGACACAAAUGCUUGCCGCCAUGACCAACGCAGAAGUGGAAUGUUUGCGCGAGUGCCAGGAGCAGAUCGAGCGCAUCUUGGCCGCCAGCCUCAAGCAGUGCUCACGAGCGUCCGACGACGACGCCGGCAGCAAGACGCGAGAGCAACAACAGGAUCAGUCCAACACCCCCACGGAUGUGCGGGAUGUUAACUUGUGAACAUUGGCUAACCCGCGUCCGGCAACCGUGUUGACAAUCAAGUUAUGUUGUUGUUUUGCCGCCUGUUAUCAAACGAUGUAUUUAAGGAUCUUGAAACUUGAUAGUGCCUUAGGUUUCGCACCCUUUGCCGAGCGGAAGCCUGAAUAUAUUUUCAUACUUGAAGAAAAAUGUUAUACUUUUGACAGCGGCAAAAAAAGUAUACUUAGCCGAUAUUUAGAUACUUGUUAGCAUUUAAAAAGCUAUUCGCGGUUUAAGCGGCGUUGUUCGAUAGGUCGGCUGGGCCCGAUCUAACAGGAAGCGGCGAGGUCGUUGUUCGGAAAGGCGGAGGAUGUCACAAUUUGAGGGAGACGGAUGCAAGUGAAAAGUGAAAAGUAGACGACGAGGUGGUGAUGGCAUGUAGUUGAAAUAGUUAAGGCCGUGACAGGAACAAUAUUAAUGCACUUUGGAAAAAGGAUAAGAAUACCGGAGAGUGGAAAUUGGUUGUUUUGGUUAGGAGGGUCAUUUUUAUUUUAUUUUUAUUUUUAGUUUGUAAUAAAUUAUUUUGGGGUGGGGGGCCGGAUUCCCACACGGGGUAAUAAGCUGGUGAUUCUUUGACGAACAAGAAAAAGGACAGUCAUGCAUACUUUUAAUUGUACUUGAAUUGUCGCAGCCCAACCUUUGUUUUUGUAGAACUUACGGUUUUUAUUCAACCUUUGUUAAAUUGCCAUCACGGGUCUUUGCGGUGGGGCUUCAGUGUUCAAAGAAAGACUAAAAACCAUACAAGUGCCCCCUCACUACCUGCCCAUUUGAGAAAUGUGCACAGUUUUGGUUGGUUUGGAUGUCAUUUCUCUUUGCUGCUACAGAAAAAGCUUUUUUUUUUUUUCUUUUUUUUUUUUUCUCCUCCCUUUAGUCUUAAAUUGUGAUACACGCGUUUGCUGCUACUAUUGAUGUUAUGUAUACUUUACAAAUCUGUUGCUUUGUUUUUCUAAGUGGAGGGAGGGAACACCGUUUGAUGCGGGACUGGAAGUACUCAUGUUUUUAUCUGUUGCUGCUUCCGUGUGUUAUUUGUAUGUGUACCUCAGGUUAAUUGGAUUGAGCGUUACCUCAUCAAAAAGUCACAAUUUCAGCCCCCUUUUCCAGAGGGUGCGUACAUUUAUAUAGAUAAUCAGUUUCAACUGUGCUUUAAAUAGCUAGGGAAAACGUGUGGUGCUGCUCCCGUCAUGCUUUGCGCUGUACGAGUAUCAGAAGACCAAAGUUAAAGGGUUAUAUUUUGUUUUAAAUGUCAUUUGUCUCAUUUUGGAGGUACCACCAGAGUGUCUGGUGUGAUUUUUGGUUCCCUAUUGCCCUGCACACGUUGUACCUGUUUUUUUUGUUUUUUUUUACCCCCUCAAUAAAUUGGCUGAAAUGCA